AUGACGUUGGCAGCGGCGUGUAAUCGAGUGUACCGAACGCAUUAUUUGCCCCUGGACACUAUUUCCAUCAUUCCUAGAGCAUUGAUGCAGAAUUCCGGAAUGGGUACAGAUUGGCGGCGAUUCCAACCCCGACAGCAGUCCAACAAAGCAUUGAGAUGGUUAGAAUGGGAACAACAUACUCGAUUUUUAGCCUCAUUACGGAACGGAACGACCAAACCCAACAUCAGGCACGCAGGCAAUGGAGGAGAAAUAAAAGUUGGACCGUACAGUUUGGAUGGUUAUGAUCGGGACAACAACGUCGCCUACGAAUUUUUUGGUUGUGCCUUCCACGGUUGUCCCACGUGCUAUCCUGGACCCGUUCAAGACGUCAAACAUUUCCACCCUUACGACCCCUCACGAACCAUGAGAAAAUUGUACGCUCAAACCAUGCAACGACUCGAUGAUUUGAAAACCAAGCUCGGUCUGAGGGACCUCGUGACCGUUUGGGAGUGUCAGGUGGAAUCGCGGAGACGGACCAACCAAGACAUGGAGGAAUUUUUCCACGCUUUGGAAACCAACGGAUGGCCAAAUCCCGAACCACUCUUUCCCCGAGACGCUUUUUUCGGCGGAAGGACCAAUGCCAUCCAACUGAUGGCCGUGCCUAAAGAGAACGAAGAAAUCCGAUACUUGGACGUGGUAUCCUUGUAUCCAUACAUUUGCAAAUAUGGUAGGUUCCCUAUCAACGAACCCGAGAUCGUCGUUUCACCAGAUCAACAGAACUGGCAACAGUACGAGGGAUUGAUACAAUGUAAAGUCGUACCACCGAGACGACUCUACCACCCCGUUCUGCCUUUCAGAUGGAACAACAAAACCACGUUUCCACUCUGUCGUUCCUGUAUUAUGGAGAAUAUGCAGGAGUCUGAGAUUAGCGAAUACGUGCCCUGUGCCCAUUCCGACGACGAAAGAGCCUUGGUCGGCACCUACGUGUCCCUCGAACUGAAGAAAGCCGCUUCUCUGGGAUAUAAAGUCAUUCAAGUCUUCGAAGUGUGGCAUUGGGCCGAAGAAAAAUGGAGCACGUGUCUUAGUAUUAUGCAUGUAGCCAGACUUCUUUAG